UGCGUGGGUGUUCCCUGCGAUGAAGGCAAGACGAAAUUAGGGUGCUUGCGACGCGCUCGUCGCUACUGCCAAGUGCCGCAAAAGUCGACGAAGGUGCCUCUUUUGUAAGUGUGAAAGGUCACGCGGGAGCCAAAAGUAGCAGGUCACUGUGCAGCCGACGGUAUCCAGUGUAUCCAGCACGCGUGGGACAUCGACCUCUAGGCGGCCCCGAUGGCGACGACCCUGGUGCUUCGAAUCUGUAGUGCGCUGGCCCUGGUGUACCUGGCGAGCGGGGCUAGCCGACAGCGACUGGUGGCCGUGUCGUGGGAGGCACGCGAGAACCGGCUCAUCGCUCACAAUGACACGACCGCCAAGGACAUCAUUGCCGUAUGCUUGUUCAGCGACAGCCGAUUGGACUUCGGGUGGUCGUCGGUAUACGUGAAGACGGACGGCCGCUUCAAGGAUUCCCAGCAGGCGUACGCGGCGGGCUACGCCGAAGGCACGGCCACCAGCCGUAUGGCAGAUGAGCACUACGCCAACAUGUACGGCCACUACUGCGACACUGACCCGGCCUUCUGCUCACGACUGUUCGCUUUCUACCGGGCUAACCUGAGGUCGCUGCUAGAAAAUGCCAUCCAGUACGGCGACAGAGACCCUUUCUGGCAUCAGGUGGAGUUGGCUGUACUUCAAAUAUCAGGUAUGCAGCGGGGACUGACCGGAGCUAUAAGUAUUCCCUACGACCCUUACGAGAUGCCCGCCGACUUUGAGAGACUUGUGCUUCUAAACUUGUACAAGGACAUAGGUGAUCUGGAAUGGGCGUUGGGGAGGCGCGGACCAAAGGCACCAAGGGAUCCCGGCGUCGCCUUUUUCAAGGCAACGAGCAACAAUGACGAAGCGAUUGCAGCCCACGCCUCUUGGGGGCAUUACGGUGCUAUGAACAAGUUACUGAAGCAGUACGUCUUCAACUACAAGCUACUGGCCGGCUCAGGUCAACCCGUUUCCGCCACCGUGGUCACGUUCUCGGGCUAUCCUGGUGGCGUGUCCUCUGGCGAUGACUUCUUCCUCACCAGCACCAACCUGGCGGUGCUAGGCACAGGCGUCCGCAACCAAAACAGUGACUUGUGGAGCCGGCUUACUCCCAACAACAGCGUGCCCUCAGCCUUCCGCAGUCUGGCGGCGUCAAGACUCUCGAGUAGCGCCAAGGAGUGGAUCCACACGUACUCCAGAAGCAGCGGAGGAACCGGGAACAGCCAAUGGACCGUAAUCGACUACAACUUAUUCAAGCGAAAAGUCAAGAAAUUACCGCAAGAUUUCGUGUGGUAUCACGAAGAGCUACCCAGAGGAUACUCCAUGUCCGCUGACAUCACUUCCUUUGUGCAGACCCAGGGCUAUUGGGCAUCCUACAAUAUUCCAUUCUUCCCUACCAUCUUUAACGCAAGCGGUAUGGCAAGGCUGGCCGCUGAGUACGGCGACUGGUUUACCUACGACAGGUGCCCACGUGCGCUGAUGUUCAAGAGAGGCUUCAAAGACCCGAGGGACACAGAACGAGUUUUGGACUUUCUCAGGUACAACAACUACGAGAACGAUCCGCUGGCCGUGUGUGCCGCGUGCAAUCCCAAGUACAAUGCCGAGAAUGCCCUGUCUGCACGGAGUGAUCUGAACCCAUCGGUGGGCCGGUACCCGUUCUUCGAGAUGGGCCUGCGGCCGCACGGAGGAACUGAUGCCAAGGUAGUGAAUUCAACGAUGAUGGCUCGCCACAGCCUGUGGACCCAGUGUGGCCCAACCUGGUACGAGAAACAAGCCUUCUCCUGGAGCUCGUCGCCAUUCGCGUCUGUGCCGCAUGUUGGACAGCCGGACUAUUGGAGCUUUCCGCCUGCGGUUAAAGAGUGGCCUGAUCACGUGACACUGAACAGCAGAGAGUGACCCUCCCUCCUGUGAACGCCAUCAGGCUGCCAUCGUAGAAUAUGUAUAAUUUCGUUUAGUUGAUUACAUGACGAUUGAUGCUAAAAAUUUGUACUUUUUUAAUGAUAAAUAAAAACCUGCACA